GUUCGCAUGUGUUUUACACCAGUGUCUGUGCUAUUGUGUUUUUCGUCAAUGUGAAGUUAAUUCAAUGAUUAAAAUAAAUACAAUGUUGUGGUUACCAGCGCUUGUUAUUUUCACCUUGGCUCUCGAUGGAGUGGUACCAACGGAAUACAAUCCAUAUCUGGAAUCAUUGCGAACUAGACCUUGGAAGAGUUUCCAAAGCUAUGUCCAAGCGCGCCCAGGGGCCUUCCUAUUCUACUGGUUGUACUACGCAGACGGCACGCCCGCCGGCGCGUAUCGGAAGCCCCUUAUAAUAUGGGUGCAAGGCGGGCCGGGCCUGGCUGCCACGGGUAUUGGCAAUUUCGCGGAGUUUGGGCCGUUAGAUAUGGAAAUGCAGCCAAGGAAUCAUACGUGGGUUAAUGGAAGAAAUGUGUUGUUGAUAGACCAUCCCGUUGGAACGGGGUUCAGUUACGCUACCAAUGACUCCUUGCUUGUGAACACCGAUAGAGAAAUGGCAAUGGACCUAUCGAAAGUAAUCAAGGCGUUUUUCAAGAAGCAUAAAGCUUUCCGAAAAACUCCAACAUAUCUGUUUGGACAGAGUUAUGGAGGCAAGUUGAGUCCGAGGUUGGGAUAUUAUCUGCACACGGCAGUAGAAAAGAAGCGUCUCAAAAUGAACUUCAAAGGCAUAGGUAUUGGAAGCGGAUGGGUAUCUCCAAGGGAAAGUACCUUGGUCCAACCGGAUUUCUUGUACCUUAUGGGUGUCAUCGACCAGAACACAUAUUUACGCGCCAAAGAUAUUGUGAAGGACAUGAGUAUAUUUAUAGACCAAAGCGAAUUCAUGAAAGCGUUGAGACUGGAUUCCAUACUAUUUGUCAUGUUUCAUAGAGAAGGAGCAAUGGACAUAAACAUGAAUAAUAUCAAUCAAGUCAGUCCAUACCCUGCCUUAGACAGGUUGGCUGUGAAAGUGAAUAAAUAUGUAAAGCCGAUGCUGUCCCACGUGGUGAAUCAAAGCAUGCACUGGAACUACCACUCGGAAAGAGUAUUUACAACGCUUUAUAAGAACUUUUUCGUGCCGUCUACAAAAUUCUUAGAAAUGCUAUUAAAUAAUACGAAGCUAAAGAUAGCCGUUUACAAUGGAAACUUGGAUGUAGUAACACCAUUAGCUGGUGCAUCAAACUGGGUCCACAAGCUGGAGUGGCCCGGCGCUCAAGAGUUUAAGGAAGCCAAGAGACAGCCGAUCCGAGGGUUCAGGAACGGGUUCUAUAAACAAUUCGGACAGCUGAGCUUCUGGUCCGUCUUCGGAGCUGGCCAUUGGAUUCCUGAGGACAACCCAAUGGCGAUGGAGCACAUAUUGGAACAUAUGCUGGACGUAAAUAAUUAGAUCGGAAAUGGUUAAGGGUAUAAGUCUAGUCUGAAAACUGUUAUUCAUUUCAUUAUCAAAGUUUGUAGGUAUUUAUACCGCCUUUUGUUAUACAUUUAAUAAUGCAAGAAGGUAUUUUAGGAAUUACACCUUAAGUUUUUAUAGCUUCGCGCAAAAUAUUUAGCUCUAUGUGAUGUGUGAUAAUGAUGCCUAAUUAUAUUAGCCAGGUUCACACAGAGCGACCCAGCUUUCAAUAUUUUACCUAUUAUUCGAUAGAAGGACCUAUUGCACUUGAUGCACAAGGUCCCUUUUUAAUGGAAAGCCACAUUUAUAGUCCUAACCCGAAGUAAUCGAAGUAUAUUGUAUAUACACCGCGUUUUUUUUGUUUUCCGUUAAAUUCGACACGUAGCUAGGUUCAUUAUCAGGGUUAAGUUAAAUUCGCAAAAAAAAUGUUUUCAUCAUUUUCAUA